AUGAGCACCGUCCUUGGAUCCCCUCAGCGACCUUCAUCGCAGACAACCGCUCAGGCAAAUGCAGUGCCAAAGCCCUUUGAAGUCUUGCUUGCCAUUGGCAAUAUCCUCAUCUGGCUCCUAGCGGCCUAUGUGAUCUACCUUCACAUUCGAGCAAGAUGGGACCUCGAGGCCCGCUAUCGCGCACGCAUCCAGGCAGAAAGACUGGCCCGGCAUCCAAGAGAGGUCGAAGAGGAUCAGGAUUGGAAAGAUGAGAUGUUGGACUGGCACGGUGAGCUGGAGGAUAUGUCGCUCAGAGGGAUAGAAGUCGACGCAGACACCGAAAUCGAGGCACGAAUGGAGAUCAUGGAGAUUCCCAACCGGCAAGAAUUCGAGCGAGACAAUGGGCAAUUGUGGAGAUGGUGA